AUGAGAGACAACCAGAGCGCUUGUGUCCCUCCUGCGGUCACCACAGGGGUGAAGCCAGGGAGCACAAAACAGCAGCGGCACAACAUGCAGGGUGUUGGGGUAUCCGGCGGUAGUGCGCAAGGGCCUGAGAGAGAGCUUUCCACAGCAGCCCUGAAAAUUUCGCAGCCGUUCUUCCUUCUUGGCAGAGAAGAACAAGAAGCCUUCUUCAACCUCCUGGAGGAUGGUUUGAUACAAGACUUCCUAUCAAUGGAUUCGUGCUACAGAAUCUCAGAUAAGUAUCUUAUAGCUAUGACUAUGAUGUACUUCAAGCGUGCUGGCCUGCAUACAAGAGAAUACACACGGAUUAAUCUCUUCAUAGCUCUGUACCUAGCAAAUGACAUGGAAGAAGACACAGAAGACUACAAAUAUGAGAUCUUCCCCUGGGCGCUUGGUGACAACUGGAAGAAGCUAUUCCCAGAGUUCCUGAAAAUGCGGGACGGCUUUUGGGCAAAAAUGAAAUACAGAGCGUUUGUUAGCCGCCGAUGCUGUGAUGAGAUAAUGUUGAGGGAGCCGUCUCACUGGGCCUGGUCCCGCGAACGAGCCAUCCACCACAGUGGGGCGCUAAGGAGUUACCUGAGGAAUGAAGAGGACUUCUUCCCCAGAGGGCCUGGUGUUACGCCCCCAGUCUGCCUUCUCUGCGAGUUUGAUCUGGUAGAAGAGGAUGCUGAAAUAACCUCUUCUGCGAGUGAUAUUCCUGCCAGCGACUUGUUGCCUUCCACAGUGUUGAACCGGGAUCCAAGCAGCUUUUCCCUGCUGAUGCUGGAUCCAAAGGCUGACUACAGCAUGCAGACCCUACAGGAACCUGUGAUGGAAGCAGACGGAACAGGCAAAGACUGGCGAUUCUUGGGGUAGUGUCUGAUGUCUAAAGAAGGUCCCCUCAACCGAUACAUUAUUUCCCUCUUUGGAAUGGCAUUCAUUGGAUGUUCUUAGUCUACAUCUACAGUGACCUAUUUAUUAAGCACUUUACCUUCCUGUUCAUGGAGAGGACAUAAAACAAAACCUGGAUUUGUAUAUAUUAAAAAAAGGUUCCAGUAUGACUUGUGCAAUACCAAAUGUGCCAGCUGGACAGACACUUAAUAAAGAUGUCUA